AUGAUUUCCGACACUCCCACGAACCGCAUCCUCAUCCGUACCAUCAUCGUCUUCUUCCAGUCCUAUGCUCCGCUCUGCGUAGGAUACAUUACAUGGACUCUCCUCGCGAGCUAUUGGCCUGCAUGUAAUCUCGGGAUCGAAAGCAGCAGCAGCAGCAGCAGAUAUCUUCUGCUAUGGCGGGAGAGAGGAUGGUUGUGGAGAGUAUGUUUGGCCGAAGCGAUUUUUUAUCUCUUCUUUUUCUGUCUCUGGUAUAAAAAUUUUGUACAAAGAGAAGCUUUGCAUCCUCCUUUGCGCACGAGAGGCGAACGAGAGAAUCUUUUUCGGAAAUGUCAGAGGGAAAUUCUUGAUCCGGAGGGUUUUUUGAGGGGUUGGUUUCGAGGUGCGAAAGCUGAGGAUGUUGGACGGGAGGAGGUGAAGAGGUUUUUGAAUUGGAGUUUUUGGGAUGGACGGGCGCGGGUUGUGGGGGAGAAAGAGGAUGGUGAUGCAAAUGCGGAUGCGGCGGAGAUUGAACAGUAUAUUGACAAGAUGUCGGUGAUGAUGCCGCAGCCCUUUCUGCCAGGGCCGGGAAAGGCGAAGAGUCUCCGAUUGACGCUGGAUCCGGUCGAAAUUGAGGCGAGAAGUCUGCUAUGGUAUACACUUAUCAUGCUGGCGGAUACUCUAUCACAAGUGCUUUUGCAAGCAAAAGGCUUCACAUAUCAUCGCCGUUCGUUGUGGAAAACGGCGGCGGCAGUGUUUCCGCCACGUCCUGCGGCAUUUUUUACGCGCAGCACAUCUGUCGCACCGAGUAUAUCUUACUUUCUACGUGAGCAUCACUCUCACACACGUCUUCCUGUGCUAUACAUUCACGGUAUUGGAAUUGGACUUCUCCCUUCAGUGCAAUUCCUCUCAGAGCUCGACCACGAAUUAAACCAUGGACGUAGCUCCUCCGACCAGGUUGGAAUUCUCGCAAUCGAAAUCUUACAGAUUUCCUCCCGUCUCACAGAAUCCAUUCCUCGCCGAGCCGAUUUUCUCGCUCAACUCACCACCAUCAUCAACCACCAUUUCGGACCUAAUUCCCACUUCGUACUCGGCGCGCACUCCUACGGCACAAUUCUCAGCGCCAACAUCCUCAACGACGACCACCUCUCCCCACGAGUCUCUGCAACUCUCCUCGUGGACCCAGUCUCCUUUAUGCUCCACAUGCCCGACGUAGCCUACAAUUUCACGUGUCGCAAACCCGUGCGAGCGAAUGAAUGGUUGUUGUGGUAUUUUGCGUCCAAGGAUCCGCAAAUCGCACAUACGCUCGGAAGACAUUUUUUUUGGACAGAGAAUAUUUUGUGGAGGGAUCGGGUUGAUGGUUUGAUUGAGAGGUAUGGUUUGCGUGUUACUGCUUCGAUUUCUUCGGCGGAUCUUAUUGUGAGUGCCAAGGCUGUGAGGGCUUAUUUGGAGAGUACGGGUACGGGUACAGGUACGUGUAGUAAACAGGUUGAUGGAUCUGGGGGAUUGGAGAAACGGGAACGGGAACUACAUCGAGGUGUCGGGAGUGAGACAUGGAAGGGUCAGGGGCUGGAGACGAUUUGGUGGGAGGGAUAUGAUCAUGGCGACGUGUAUGAUUCCAAGGAAGAUCGAGCACGACUGAUUAGAGCUCUCGUCCAUUAUUGUCAGGAGAAGUGA